GCGGAGAGAAGAGGGGGCGGGCCAACCCGGAGGAAGAGAACGGGGGACAUCAUUGGUGGCGGUGGUGCGAAGCCCCGCCCUCCGGCCCUUACCUGCCUCCCGGCGACCUCUCCGUUUUAAAGGCCUGGGAUUUGGGAGCGGCGUCGAAGGUGAGAGUGAGGCCGCCCGAGCCCAGGCAAAACAAUGGAUCUCGUUUUGAAAUACGCAGAUGCUGGAAUUCUGACGCCAUAUGUUUAUCCCACAAGAUGGGCAGAAGAUGACCCUUUUCGACAGCUUCUCAGCCUCUUCGUCAUCACAAACCUGGGGGCCCUUGUCAUUUAUUUGCUGUUUGGGAGUUUCAGCUACUAUUUCAUAUUUGAUCACUCUCUAAAAAAGCACCCCCAGUUUCUGGAGAAUCAGGUGCAGCGUGAAAUAACACACACUCUCAAAUCCUUGCCGUGGAUCAGCAUCCCCACUGUUGCCAUCUUCUUUGCUGAAGUUAGAGGCUACAGCAAGCUCUAUGAUAACAUUGAAGACUCUCCUUAUGGUUGGUUUGGUGUUUUCUUCAGCAUGAUAUCUUUUCUCUUUUUCACUGAUAUGUGUAUUUACUGGAUUCAUCGAUUUCUCCAUCAUAAACUUUUAUACAAGCAUUUCCACAAGCCUCAUCAUUUAUGGAAGGUUCCAACUCCUUUCGCCAGCCAUGCUUUCCAUCCCGUGGAUGGAUUUCUUCAGAGCACCCCUUACCACAUCUACCCUUUCUUUUUUCCACUGCACAAGGUGACCUAUUUGGGUCUCUACGUGUUUGUCAAUAUCUGGACCAUCUCCAUCCACGACGGGGACUACCGCGUUCCUAAUGUAAUGAAGGAUAUUAUCAAUGGGGCUGCUCAUCAUACCGAUCACCAUUUAUACUUCGAUUACAAUUACGGACAAUAUUUCACACUCUGGGAUAGGAUUGGAGGCUCUUACAAAAACCCUUCCUCUUUUGAAGGGAAGGGGCCCCAUGAUUGUUUGAAAAAGCUGAAAGAAAACAAAUUGAGCAGUUUGAGUAACGGCCACAAGAAGGAAAAAGUGCAAGAAGGAGACAGUUUUAAAAAUAAAUAGACCCCUCUUUCUGUCAUAGGAUGGACUGCCAUGUAUGCCUUGAGAACUGAAUCUAAACAGAACUCCCCUAUCCUGUAACAUCGCUUGGUAGUGGAACGGUGAAGUUCUGUCAUGAGGAUCAUGCAUAGAAAAGCAGAAGGAAGGAAGAUCCAGUUGCAGAACAAUACCUUUGAUGUUAAGUAAUGGCAAGGUUGUCUGUGGUUUUUGAUUUCCAUGCUGGCAUGUUAAUUUGGAGCUGAAACUUGCUGUUGUGCAACCCAUAAGAACUGCAUCCUGAUAUUCCACUGUUGCCAUUGAAACAAAGCCAGAAGCUGUCUGCUUCUGUGUGUGAAGUUAAUGCUAGGAAUCUGAAUGACAUCUGCAGUAGAGGCUACAAGACCCUGUUGUGCAGUGAACAGGCUAUAAUGGCUUCGGUAGCUGCAUUUACUAAGAUGUAAAGGGAGGCUUAGCUUGGAGAUGGGAGAAGGUAGUAGCUUUCUUGCAGAAUACACCCGAAACAUGCCGCAGAAAUUGUCUACUAGAUGGUGUACCUGUUUUCUUACUCUCUUGAGAUGUAAGAUGCAAGGAAUAUUUUAAUAUGAAGUAUCAUAUGAAUGAAAUGAAGUUGAAAUGUGCUGGGUUUUUUCCCUCUCAGUGGUCCAAAUGCUUACAACACGAUGGUUUGUCUGGCUUGUAUGUCAGUGGCAUUGUAGAAUGGAUGCUUGAAUGAUAUCCUAAUAUCCAUUGGCCAGAAGCAUUACAGCAGAAGCGCUGUAUACGAGGAGCUCUGAGGUAUUUUUAGGGAGCCCCUGUCCUUUCAGAAGAAAAAAGGCUUAUUUACUGUGGCCUGUAUGUUGCAGAGUAAAGGGGAUGAUACUGCUAAUUUUCCUUAAAUUGCUCUUAAGUUGAGAGCAACAAGCAAGGAAUUAUUAGCCAUUUCCAAGAACAUGGAGUGCACUACACCAUUGUUUGGGCAGGUAGGCAGCCCAGUAUGUAGUGGUUUAGGCUCAGAAUGUAUAGGAGGACUGGAUGGCUUGACCAUCCCCUAAAGUCCACCCAGCCUUUACAGAUGGCUAGUGGCUGCUUUUUUAAUAUAGCACUGCCCUGUUUACUGGGGUCAGUUUAUUAGCACAUUAAUUUCAGCAGGGCUUGCAUAGGAGAACCUGCCAGCCUAUUUUGUUCAGCAGAUUUUUCUAAGCUGUCUCCUUGGCUCUCUGCAUUCUCUCCCAUCACUUUGAAGUCUUAACACGGGAAAGCUGCUUUAAACAAGCAGAUGUUCCCUGUACAGUGUUUUUAUUGCUUUGAUAAGGACAAAUGCAUUACCUAGAAUCCUAGAGACAAUGCAAAAAGGAGUUCUGUUUGAUAAUUAUCUUCUAAAGCAUUUUUUUCUCCUCUUAUUCAACCCACUAGGCUGUAGAAGCUGUCUUUUGUUGAAAAAUAAUUUUAGGAGAUGAAAGCAUGACUGCUAUUUUUGUUAUGUAGGCUUACCAAAUCACCUGCAGCCAAUGAGAAGAGAUUGUGCUUUUUGUGUGUAUGAACCUGAGUGCUUUUUGAAAGGAGGAGUGAAGUUGAGCAUGAGCUGGUUCCUUUAAAACCAGUCCUUGGUAAAGAAACAAACUAUUCAUACAAUUUUGGUUUUGAGGUCAAGCCUCUCUGGUGUAUAGAGCCCAAGGAAAGUGGCAAGGCAGAAAGUAUCUCCUUUCUCACUUCCUACUGGAGAUAGUUCUGAAUAUUAAGUGAUUUAUUUGUGAUUAAGAUUGUUCUGAAUAUUAAGUGAUUUAUUUUUGAUGUUUGUACGGUUUUCGGGUACUUGUUUUGGCAACUGCUCCAAAGCACUGGUUAACUGUGCCAAGAAGAUUUCUGUUCUCAUUCCCCCACCCCCCAAAAAAAUCUGUAUGGGAAGUAUUUAACGUCUGUAAAAUACACUGUUUAUUACUACAAGGUUGUUGUUGUUUUUCAUCACAGCCUGGGCUUCCUGCAUUGUCAUGAAAAUGUAUGAGCAGAAAGAUUGGAUAGGCCUGCAAAAUGCCUUCUUUAUGUUCAUUGCCAGUGUCCCCAGCAUGGUUAUAUAUCUCCUUCAUUCAUCCCUUUACCUUCUACCAUCCAAGCCCUUAUAAAAAAAAACUCAGCAAAAAAACCCUGAAUUCAGGUUUUUAAUGUUUCAAGCUAGCUCUUCCGCUCUUAAUUAUGGUUGUUGCUAGAAUCAUGAAUGCUUUUCCUCUUUAAAUGCUCCCGUGCUCGUCAUCAACUGAAGCUAAACGUGUGCAAUAUGUAGCUAAGAGUAGGGAUCCUUGAAAUUGACUGCUGGAGAAGGGCUGCUGCUCAUGCCUUUAGUAAUUCUUUGAAAAUCAGUUGUUGCUAACUAUUGCCAUAGGGAUGUCAGACAGCCCUGAUUGGAAACUAGCAGGACAAGAAUCAAGAGGAAAAUAAUGAAGGAACUUCCCCAUCCCACACCCAAGCCUCUGAGCAAUUUGUGCAGUCAUUUGCUUCUUGUGUUAAACUUGGAAACAGAAAGAAAAAACAAAAUUGUGUGUUGCUCGUAAAUGAAAAAUGAAGGUAAUUUUGUAAUGCUUGUUGAAUGACAUUGUCAAUCUACUUGUCAGUCAUUUAUACUAAUGUUUUCUGGCUGACAGAUAAUAAAAGGUGACUUUUCCGAUGA